AUGUCCACGAGGAUAUCCUGCUUCGUCAGGUUCAGAGCGAACAUGCGCAACGCACCCCUACAGGUCGCGGGGCUCGCGCUCGGCGGUGCCAUGGAUCUCCGCAAGGCCUGCGGAAAACGUCGACGGACGGCAGAAACAGAUGAGCAGGUGCCCUGCUCGAUGGCGGCGAGGACUCCGAAGGCAGUGGCCGCCGUGGCCUUGAUCUCCACCUCUUUUAAGGUAGCUGGCGCCCUGGGACGUAUCGUCGAGGGCCUCCAACACUUGAUGCAUGCCAGCCUUGAUCAUGCGGAGGCGGUGCAAUGGGUCCGGCGCGCCACGGUCCUUGGCGUGCUAGUUGACCAUGUCGUGAUACGCCCGGGGAGUACGGAUGGCGAAAUCGGGGUGCGCCAAAUGCCGAGGGCGGAGGUGUAG